UGAUAUUAACUUUCUUGCACCCAUCGUAACAAUGCCUUUCUUGCUUACCUACGCUUGCAUUGACUACUCCUACUUUGCUUUGGCUCAAACUUUUGACAUACAAGAGCAACGUGAAGAACGCUUCCGUAUACAAGCGUCAAGUCCCUCGUAUGAGACGCGUCGCUAUGGCUCAACGCAAUCACCUGGACAGGAUGGCAACGAUUUGGAUUUACUUUUCCCAGAUCGUGUACGCCAUAAAAACUUACAACAAACACCACAAAAUUCACCACAUCAUGUGCCUUCAAAUAUCACAUCAUCUAAUGCUGCUGCUAUAGCAGCUGCUGCAGCGGCAGCGGCGACGGCAGCCAAUCAUGAGACUGAACGCAAUCAUAUCCAACAACAACAGCAUCAACUCUACGGCAGCGAUACAAAUGGUGUUGCUUUUCGUGAUGGUUACAACAGCACAAAUGCAGCCGAAGCUGGCGCGCCAGAGCAGGCUGCCGAGGAUGAGGAGCCCAUAGCGCCUAUACGUCUGCCCAUACACUCGAAGACGAAGAACUGGUAUUCGCCGUUCUGCAAUCGUUGGGCCUCACUUAUGGGGACUUUCCUGAAGUUACUCGUGAUGUUGCUGGUCAACUGGUAUUACGCGCUCACCUGCUACUUGGUUGUGUUCAUUGUAUGGUUCUAUGUGGGCACAGCCAAUCCGGCCGUGAAACCGGGCUUAACAGCGGAAUUUAAUUUCUUUGCGUGGCUUAAGAGCGUUAUAUUCCGGUGUUUCGGUAAACGCAUACACCAGUACGAACAGGUUGUCGUAACGCCUACCUGCCCCGGCGUUGAUUUCUCGCCUACACAGCUCAAUGAAGAGAAUGCAGAUUUUUCGCAACGUAGUCGUUAUCAUCACUCAGCGGUGGUGGAAGGUCAUCUUAUUGAUGAUGUUUAAGAUGAAUUGAUAAAAGCAAUGCAGCGUACAAUAACAUUUAUAAAAAA